AAAAAGGAAAGAAAAAAAAAAGAAAACAGAGAUUUUUGCUGAUUUGGAGAUCCCCAAAGAAAAGUGUAAAGGGAAGGGAUCCAAAAAGAGAUAGAAAAGAUGGUUAGUGCGAUAAAAGCAGCUAUUGGAGAUUUACUGUUGACUUUCUUGUGGGUAUUUUUUUCUUCAACGCUAGGAUUGGUGACUAGCAGCAUAAUAAAAGCGCUUGAUCUUCAUGACGUGUCCUACAACGGUGUCGAUUACCCUUUGAUUUUGAUAACUACUUCGCUCAUCUUCGUCCUCGUUUUCAUCUUCACCAUUGUUGGCAAUGCUUUGGGUGGUGCCAGUUUCAACCCCACCGGCAACGCUUCCUUCUAUGCGGCUGGUGUUGGCUCUGACACCCUUUUCUCAAUGGCUCUGCGUUUCCCUGCUCAGGCACUAGGUGCAGUGGGUGGUUUUCUGGCAAUUAUGGAGGUUAUGCCACCACAAUACAGGCACAUGAUUGGAGGACCUUCUUUGAAGGUUGACUUGCAUACUGGAGCUGUUGCAGAAGGGGUGCUGACAUUUAUAAUCACUUUUGUUGUUCUCCUCAUCAUACUCAGGGGUCCUCGUAGUGAGUUGGUGAAGACUUGGUUGAUGGCGAUGUCAAUUGUGACUUUGAUAAUUGCUGGUUCUGCUUACACAGGACCAGCCAUGAAUCCUGCCAUUGCUUUUGGUUGGGCAUUCUUGGGAAACUGGCACAACACUUGGGACCAAUUCUAUGUUUAUUGGAUUUGCCCUUUCGUAGGAGCAAUACUAGCUGCUUGGCUGUUCCGUAUUGUUUUCCCAGCACCACCACCAGUGGUAAAACAGAAGAAAGCCUGAAGAGGCAUAUAGUACAUCUGGUUCAUGUGCAAUUGUUAAGCACCUUGCUAGAACAUUAAUAACUCUCUUUUUAUUAUUGUUACUAUUUUAUCAUUAUUAUGUUGGUAUAAACCAUUUUUUUAUCAUCUCUUGUUCAUUCCCCUCUAUUCUGUUGUUGCUUGUGACACCAGCCUUAAGCUGAUUAUUGAACAAUUUCUUUUUUGAGUAUAAAUAGUUAGACAUGUUUC